GAGAGAGACAGAGCUGCUCGGAUAAUUCAAAAAUCUGUAAGGAACUUCUUGUCUCGUCGACACAUCUUGAAGAAAGUGAAUGCAGCAGUUCUCAUCCAGAGACACUGGAGAAGAUACUUAGCCAGGAUGACUUAUUUAAAUCUGAAAAAGGCAAAACUGGAGGAAGCCAGAAGUAGAUCUGCUAUAGUCAUUCAGGCUUAUUGGAGGAGAUACUCAGCUAGGAAAAAAUAUUUACAGCUAAGACACUAUGUUAUUUUUGUACAAGCAAGAAUAAGAAUGGUGAAGUCUGUUGCUGCAUAUAAACGGAUUAUUUGGGCUACUGUUACAAUUCAGAAUCAUCUGCGUGCAUCUAAGUUGGCCAAAAAAGAUCAGCAAAGAUAUGAAGUCUUAAAGUCUUCAGCACUUACUAUUCAGUGUGCAUUCAGAAGAUGGAGAAAAUACAGAAUGCAGCAGAAAGUUCAAGCAGCUUUAGUGCUUCAGAGUUACUUCCGAAAAUGGCAGUCCUCCAAACUGGCUAAAAGAGAGAGCGCUGCCCUCGUCAUACAGUCUUGGUACAGGAUGUGCAGAGAUCUGAAGCGGUAUCUACAUAUUAAACAAAGUGUUAUCAAAAUCCAGGCUUGGUACAGGUGUCAGCUGGCUAGGCGUGCUUACCAGGUACACAGGGCAAAAAUAGUGACAAUUCAGCAGCAUUACAGAGCUUAUAAACUAGGAAAAACUGAAAGAGAGCAGUAUUUGCAAAAGCAAGUGGCAGUGGUAGUUCUCCAGGCUGCUUUCAGAGACAUGAAGGCACGUAAACUAUCCAGAGAAACAAAAGCAGCUUGUCUCGUUCAGUCACUGUGGAGAAUGAAAAAAGAGAAACUAAGAUUUCUACGAUUAAAAAAAUCUGUUAUUACUUUGCAGUCAUAUGUGAGAAAAUAUCAACAGGUAAAAAGAUACAAAGAGAUUAAAAAUGCUGCUUUUGUAAUUCAGACUUGGUAUAGGGCAUGUGUUGCUGCCAGAAAGGCAUCUGCCGCUUUCCAGAGGAUGCGCCUGGCUGCUGUUGUCCUCCAGUCUGCCUACAGGGGAAUGGAGGCUAGGAAGGAGGCUCGCGUGUUGAGAGCUGUCAUAAAAAUUCAAUCAAGUUACCGUGCCUAUGUUGCCCGGAAGAGAUUUAAAAACUUGAAAGGUGCGACCGUGAAGAUUCAAGCUUUUGUAAAGAUGAGGCAAGCACAUAGACAGUAUUGUGCUUUAAGAGAAGCAGCACUUCAUGUCCAGCAAAAGUAUCGCUCUCGUAGGCACACUCUUCAGCUUAAAGAAGAUUACAGGAAAUUGAAGGGAGCUUGCAUAAGAAUUCAAGCUGCAGUUCGAGGCCAUCUUGUCAGGAAACAAAUACAAAGGUGGAGGGACGCAGCCAUAUUUCUCCAGGCAUGCUACAGAAUGAAAAGUGCCAGGCAGGAGUUCUUGCAAGUUAAAAAAGCAGCUGUUUGCUUGCAGGCAGCCUACAGGGGUUAUAAGGCACGAAAAAAACUUAAACUUGAAUGUAGAGCUGCUAUUAAAAUUCAGACUGCUUUCAGAGCUCAUGCUGCAAGAAUGAAAUACAAGGCAAUGAUUCAGGCCUCCACUGUGAUUCAGAGGUGGUACAGAGCCUGUAAGACUGGGAACAGGCAAAGGCUGGACUUCUUAACAACAAGAGCAGCAGUGCUUUCUCUGCAAGCAGCUUUUCGUGGCUGGAAGGUACGGAAGCAGGUUCAAAGGCAACAUGUUGCUGCAACUAAGAUACAGUCUGCCUUCCGAAAAUUUGUGGCUCUGAAAAAAUUCAGACGUAUGAACCGUGCUGUGCUAACUAUCCAAAAACAUUACAGAGCUGCUGUUACAGGCCGAAAACAACGGCAAGAGUAUGUGCGGCUGCACCAGUCUGUAGUGUGUCUUCAGGCAGUAUGGAGGGGGAGAACUGUGAGAAAAACAAUUCAAAAGAAACAUAAUCUUGCAACAGUUAUUCAGUCCUCUUACAGAAUGCAUGUGAAUCGACUAAAAUAUAAGAAACUAAGGCAAGCAACUCUAGUGAUUCAGAAAUACUUCAGAGCUUACUGUAUGAAAAAGAAACAACAUGCGAUUUACUUAAGAACAAAGGCAGCUGUGUUAGUCCUGCAGGCUGCUUACCGUGGGAUGACUGUGAGGAAACAACUGAACAAGCUAAAGAAAGCUGCCGCAGUUAUACAAGCUGCCUUCAAAUCCUACCUGCUCAGAAAGGACUAUAGACGACUAAGAUCUGCAGCUAUAGUACUUCAGAGGCGUUAUCGUGCUAUUAUUCAUGCUAAAUGUCAAAGGCAGAAGUAUUUGUCUUUAAAAAAUGCCACAGUCAAAAUGCAGGCGAUUUAUAGAGGUAGAAGAGUUAGACGCCAAAUUCAUGGUAUGCAUCAAGCAGCUGUUUGUAUCCAAGCCACGUUUAAGAUGCAUCGCAUCAACAUAAAAUACCAAGCAAUGAGAAUGGCAGCAAUUAUAAUUCAAAGACACUACAGAGCAGUUUGUUCUGGCAAAGUACAACGUAAAAGGUACUUGGAACUAAAGAGGUCUGUCAUUAUCCUCCAGGCUGCCUGUAGAGGCAUGAAGGUCCGACAGGACUUAAAAACUAUGCAUCGGUCAGCAGCAGUAAUACAGUCUUACUAUCGGAGGCACAAACAGCAGAGGGAUUUCAGAACAGUGCUGCUGGCAGCCAGGUGGAUCCAGCGGUGGUUCCGCGCCUGCAAGGAGCGGGAUGCACAACUUCACAACUACGUGGUUAUGAGAAGCGCUGCGCUCCGUAUCCAGGCUGCCUUCCGUGGGAGGAGAACAAGACGACUCCUGAGAACUAGGAGUGAAUCAGCCAGGCUUAUUCAAAGGAGAUUUAGAACUUUUCUAGAAAGAAAACGUUUUCUUGCCAUUAAGACAGCUGCUAUCUUGAUUCAGAGAAAAUACAGAGCAACAAAAUUAUCAAAAAUUCAACGCGAAAAAUAUCUCUCUUUCCUUAAGGCUGCUGUUACCAUACAGUCUGCUUAUAGAGGCUUUGUGGUAAGGAAAAAAUUGCAGCAGAUGCAUCAAGCUGCUGCAGUUAUUCAAGCAACGUUAAGAAUGCGUAAAAUUUACAUUUCCUAUCAAGCUGUCAGGUUUGCGUCAGUAAUCAUACAGCAGCGCUACCGUGCUUACAGGGAAGGGAAGCGUGUGAGAGAAACAUACUUAAAACUGUACAAGUCAGUUGUAGUUCUUCAGGCUGCAUAUAGAGGAAUGAGAACGAGAUGCUCCUUGAAGAAAAGACACAAGGCGGCACUCACGAUACAGAGAAACUACCGGAUGUGUAGGCAGCGCUGCCAUUAUAGGAAAGUUCAGUGGGCAACCCAGGUAAUACAGGAGAGAUACAGAGCCAAUAACCUGAAGAAAAUUGCAGUACAGCGUUACUCUGCAUUAAAGAAAGCAGCAGCUGUUAUUCAGAAGGCUUUUCGAGACCAACGAGCAAAAAAACAUCAAGAAAUGCACUGUGCUGCUAUUGUUGUUCAGAAAAAUUUUAAAGCGUUUAGAGAGCGUCGAAGAUACGUUGCUCUUAAAGCAGCUACUCUUGUCUUUCAGAGAAGAUACAGAGCUCUGAUUCUGUCAAGGCAGCAUGCUUUGGAGUAUGUGUCUCUUUGCAGAGCAACUCUUCGUGUGCAGGCUGUGUACAGAGGACUCAGGGUGCGGAAGAGCAUUGAGCAGAUGCAUUUAGCUGCUAGGACAAUACAGUCAGCCUACAAGAUGCACAGGAAUAGAAGGUCCUAUCAAAAUAUGAGAACUGCAGCUAUUGUUAUACAGAACCGCUAUCGAUCCUACGUUAAAGGGAAGAGUCAGCGAAAGGGAUUCCUGACAAUGAAGAAUUCUGCUCUUGUUAUUCAGGCAUCAUAUAGAGGCAUGAAGGAACGACAGAAACUGAAAAUCAUGCAUGCUUCAGCAAAGAAAGCGGCAGCAGUGGUGAUCCAGUCUGCGUUCCGACGCCAGAGAGCAAGGGCUUGCUAUAAACUGGUUCAGAGUUCAGCAACUGCUAUUCAGAGGUGGUACAGAGCGUGUCACAAGGCUCAUUUGCAGAGAGCAGAAUAUUCUGCCCAAAGACAAGCAGUAGUGAUUAUUCAGUCUGCCUUCCGUGGUAUGAAAGCCAGAAAAACAGCAAGACAAAUACGAGCUGCAAGAAAGAUUCAAUCUUUUCUUCAGAUGGCUGUGCAGCGUAGAAUAUUUGUUCGACUUAGAACAGCAGCUAUUACGUUACAAGCCUAUUACUUAAUGUAUAAAACUAGAUCACAGUACAGAAGCUAUAAAAAAGCUGCUGUUGUCUUGCAACGGCACUACCGAUCUUGCUUGACUGCGAGAUACCAAAGAAUGGCUUUCUUACAGACCCGGAGGAACAUUAUCAUUGUGCAGGCCAGAGUCAGAGGAUUCAUUGAAAAGAAGAGGUUUCACAAAAUUAAAGAGAGCACAAUAAAAAUUCAGGCAUCAUAUAGAGGAUAUAAAGCCAGACAGUGGGUUAACAAACUGAGAGCAGCACAAGUCAUUCAAGCCUGGUUUCGAGGCUGCAGAGCACGAAAAGAAUACCUAUCUGUGGUAAAAGCUGUACGUGUUAUUCAGAGUCACUUCAAAACAAAGCAGCAGCGGACUUGGUUUUUGAAAAUGAAGUUCUGUGCAGUUACCAUUCAAAGAAGAUGGAGAGCAACCCUCGCUGCACGAAUGAUUCAACAUCAGUUCCUAACAACUAAGAAGCUUCAAGCUGCAUGUUUGAUUCAAAAAGCCUACAGAGGUUUCAAGGCAAGAAGGAAACUUGUUAAAAAAAAAGCUGCUGCUGUUACUAUCCAAAAACAUCUGAGGGCUUAGUGGGAGGGCAGGCUUCAAUACAUGAAAUACAACAAAAGUAGAAACACUGUCAUUAAACUGCAAGCACUUAUACAGGGUUAUUAAGUAAGAAAAAAGAUUUCAGAACAGAAACAAAAGAAGAGACUAUUGUGUUUUACAGCGGCUGCAUAUCAUCAUAUUUCUGCCAUUAAAAUUCAAAGGGCGUAUAGGAUUCACCUUACCUUAAAACUUGCACAAGACCAGAUCUUGUCUGUUCUUAUAAUACAGAGAUGGUUCCGAGCAAAAAUGCAACAGAAGAGAUUUCGAAGAGAUUACCAGAGAGUUGUUCACUUGCAGCGCGUGAUCCGGGGCUGGCUGCACCGCCGGCAUGAGGCAGCAGCUGUGCUCCAGAGGAACGUGCAAAGGUUCCUGGCCCACAGGAGGAGGAUAAAGUUUGUGGGUGGAAUCAUUAAAUUUCAGGCUUUGUGGAGAGGAUAUUCUUGGAGAAAGAGUAACGACACAGCAAAAACUAAAGCUUUAAGACGUAGUUUGGAAAGGGCUAAUGAAGAGAGCAGAGAAGAAAACAAAUUGUGCAACAGAACUGCAAUUGCGAUUGAAUACCUUCUAAAAUACAAACAUAUCUCUUAUAUUCUUGUGGCGUUAAAGCAUCUUGAGGUGGCAACCAGGCUGUCCCCACUCUGUUGUGAAAAUAUGGCCCAGAGCGGAGCAAUCUUCAAUAUUUUUGUUCUGAUCCGAAGUUGCAACCGGAGUGUUCCGUGCAUGGAUGUGAUCAGAUACUCAAUUCAGGUGCUACUUAAUGUUUCAAAGUAUGAAAGAACUACUGAAGCAGUUUACGAAGUGGGAAAUUCUAUAGAUACAUUACUAGACUUACUGCAAAUGUACAGGGGGAAAGCUGGGGACAAAAUUUCAGAGAAAGGAGGAAGCAUUUUCACAAAGACCUGUUGUUUGCUGGCCAUCAUUUCAAAGGACUCAGAAAGAGCUUUGGCCAUUCGAAGCAUGCCGAGAACUGUUACUUGCAUUCAAAGCCUAUAUAAACUUACAGCUCGUAAACACAAAAUGGAUGCAGAAAGAACACUUGUGAAGCACAAAACAAACCCUUUAAGUGGAACUCCUCUAAGGAUCAAAACAGUUUCAAGAAUUAAACCAGACUGGGUUUUGAGGAACGAUAACAUGCAUGAAAUUGUGGAUCCUCUGCAAGCAAUUAUAAUGGUGAUGGAUACACUUGGAAUUACCUGCCACUGA